CGGAGAGGACGGGGAGGGCGGGGUGGAUCCAGCCGGUGUCUCCUCUCUGCUGCAGCGGCCAUGCUGCUGUCCGCCGCCUCGCUCCGCGCAUCCCGCUCCUCCGCAGGUGAAACCGGCCGCCKCUGCAUCCCCGUGACCCGGGUUGACUCGCAGGCCCGGCGCGGCUAGGCUCGGCCGCAACGGUUCGCCCGAACUGGGUCCGCCGGAACGGUCCGGAACGCGGCGGGUGAGAAGGGGGGAGGAAGAGGAGAAAGGCUCCUUAGCAACAAACCGGUUUCACGGCAUUAUUGAAAUGGACAGGACACUGAGGAUUAAACUUUGACCUCUGCCAAAAAGCCCCAAAAUGGACUGGAUCAGAGUGAUAAUGGUUUAUUGAUUUGGGUUUAAAGCAGGACUAGUUUCGCUUGGUUUGUUCGAAAGCCAGACCACUGAGGUUAUGGUUGGGUCAGUGAGACUGCAGUGAAUUAGCCUCAGGAUUUGAAUAUAGGAGGUCUAAGAUGAUUGGCAGGUCUUCUUAGAGUUCAUCUAGAACUCUGAGGUUCUUGAUUGGCCCAACAACAAUAUAUCUAAAUUCUUAGUUUAGCAUUUYUAAGCUCCACUUUGGUAGAGAACUACUGGAUUUACACUAACCCUGAUGUGAAGACAUAUUCCUGAACUACACUGGACCAGAAUUGGUGACACAAGAUCACAACUGGAUUUUGUCAAACCUGAUACUGUUUGAGGACCACAGGUGACUGGUUUGAAUGGGAAUAGAAGGCCUCUUGAACUGGUUUCGGACCACUUGACCAAGAAUUGACUAAUUUUGGUGUAUUGGAAUGUGAAUCUUAAAUUGGAUGAACUCUGAGUGCAACUGUAACCUCAUUCGCCAUGUCUCUCAGUAAGACCCUUGAGUUGGAGCAUUUCGAUGAACGGAACAAGGUCCGCCGGGGUCGCUCCACCCGACCCAAACGGGAUGACUCCACCGGCAGCGGKGGGGGRUCCGGMCCCAGUUCCAGGGGAAGCAGCCUGGUUCCCAGUCCUGCCCACAGCGCCAACUGUAGCUACUACAGGACCCGCACMCUGCAGGCCCUCACCUCAGAGAAGCGGGCCAAGAAGGUCCGGUUCUACCGCAAYGGGGAUCGGUACUUCAAGGGCCUGGUGUACGCCGUUUCUAGUGACCGGUUCCGGUCGUACGACGCGCUGCUGAUGGAACUUACUCGGUCGUUAGCAGACAACCUUCAUCUGCCGCAAGGAGUUCGUACAAUCUACACCAUAGAUGGCAACAAGAAGAUCACCAGUAUGGACGAACUGGUGGAAGGUAAGACUAAUCCUCCUUUAGUUAARGAUUGGGUUUCUGAUAUUUCAGCUAAGGCUAAAAUCCUGACAGUUUAUCUCAGGACCUGGUGUGAACUUUGCUGCAGCUUCCCUCCGUUUAAUCCCUCCUUUCAUACUUCUGCUGAUCCCUCUUUUCUUCACCUUUCCUCUCUCUCUCCGUUUCUCCGCCUGCAUAAAUCCGUGUUGAUGAACACUUUGUCUGUAAUCCUCAAGACACGUUCCUCAGCGGCUCGUUGUUUGUUUCUGGUCUGCCAGAAGCUGCUGAAGAGCUGCAGACAUGAUUUAAAUAUUCCCAUCUGUCCUCCGCUCAGAAAAGAAAUCCCUCAGUCACUGAAUCUAACUGUGUGUGUGUGUGUGUGUGUGUGUGUGUGUGUGUGUGUGUGUGUGUGUGUGUGUGUGUGUGUGUGUGUGUGUGUGUGUGUGCAGCUGACCUGUCUGCAGGAUUUCUUCGGGGAUGACGAUGUGUUCAUGGCGUGUGGGCCGGAGAAGUUUCGUUACGCGCAGGACGACUUUGUGCUGACGCAUUCUGGGAAAACCUCGGCCUUCGUGAGCGAGUGCAGGACCAAGACGCCUCGUACGCCUCCUCAGAAAACCCCCAAAACUCCCAGCAGCUCCAGCUUCUCCUCCUCCAGGACUCCACCCAAAGGUUUAUCCAGGACCAAGUCGCCGGGCUCAGCCAAUGAGGUGUCAGGAUCCCAGGCGGCUGUAAAGUCCAACAGGUCCAGUCCGUCUCCCACCAGUCCCGGGACACGACGCAACUUAAAGAUUUCUCCUCGCCGUGCGUCUUCCACGGAUGUGAACGGGGAAGCCGAGCAGCCGGACGACGACGCAGAGGAAGUGAAUGGAAACCGGUCCGUUUCGUCCUCCACCAUCAACGAGAAGUACAAGGUGGGAAAAGUGAUCGGAGACGGAAACUUUGCUGUGGUGAAGGAGUGUGUGGAGAGGUCGACGGGACAGGAGUUCGCUCUGAAGAUCAUCGAUAAAGCCCGAUGCUGCGGGAAGGAACACCUGAUCGAGAACGAGGUGGCGGUUCUGAGGCGGGUCCGACAUCCUAGCAUCAUCCAGCUGAUCGAGGUGGACGAGACGCCAACGCAGCUCUUCCUGGUCAUGGAGCUCGUUAAGGGCGGCGAUCUUUUCGACGCCAUCACCUCCUCCACCAAGUACAGCGAGCGAGACGCCAGCGCCAUGGUGUUCAACCUGGCCGGAGCCAUCAAGUAUCUACACCGGAUGAACAUCGUCCACCGAGACAUCAAACCAGAGAACCUGCUGGUGUGCGAGUAUCCGGACGGCACCAAGUCCCUGAAGUUGGGGGAUUUCGGUCUGGCCACAGUGGUGGAGGGUCCGCUGUACACCGUCUGCGGCACGCCGACGUACGUGGCGCCGGAGAUCAUCGCCGAGACCGGUUAUGGUCUGAAGGUGGACAUCUGGGCAGCUGGAGUCAUCGCCUACAUCCUGCUCUGUGGUUUCCCACCUUUCCGAAGUGAGAAUAACGUCCAGGAGGAACUGUUUGAUCAGAUCCUUAGAGGGAAGCUGGAGUUUCCAUCUCCAGACUGGGACAACAUCAGCCUGUCAGCAAAGAUGCUGAUCAGUCAGAUGCUGCAGGUGAACGUCGAUGCUCGGUUCACUGCAGAGGAAGUCCUCUCCCACCCCUGGGUGACGGAUGAGGCGCCGGGAGACUCAAACGCUGUGAGUGGCCCUGAGGAUCACGCCGGCGAAGAAGCGCAGGAGUCGGAUCGUGAGUCUCCGAUUCUGGAGACGAAACAAGUUCCCUCACCACUGGUUUAGGCCGCAUCCCAGUGCCACUGGUCUGAGGGAACCAGUACAAUCCAGUCUGGAGAGUCUUCACCAACUGGGAGCCGAAUAAUCUUCCUAAAGUCUCCAUUUACCUGCAACCGGCUCCCUUUCACUUCUAGGAAAGUAAAACUUUAAAAUAUAGACAGAUGAAAUUAAACAUUCUCAAAUACAUUUUUAGUGACUGAAUUACACACAAAGUGAAGUUUUCCCAACGUCAUCUUAGGGACGAGGUCUAAAACCAAACUGUCCAGUAGCUGCGUUUCCAUUACAUGUCUGUGCAAAGCUGUUGAUAUUCCUUUAGUGUUGGGGAAAAAAUGUUUUUAUUGGAAAUGUUUGCCAUGUUUCCUGAAAGAAGAUUACUUGCAUAACUGAAAUGAUCAGUGGAAACGCAGCUACUGACAGGCAGACAAAUCCACUGAAUACUUACAGAUUUAUUCACCACAUCUGCAGGAUUUUCCCUCAGAUCUGGUCAGAAAUGUUAAAUAAGUUUGAUAAAUUUGCCUUUGCUCUCAAAAACUGAACAAAGCCCACUAUCUCAGUUUGGACAUUUGAUUCUGGUACCUGUUUCCAUGGAAACUCAAUCAAUAAUCUUUUAUCGAGUCUCUUUUCUCUAAAUGAGCUUUAUUGUAGUUCAUGUUAAAGUUUGCAGAAAUAAGGUUCACUUCUAAACAAAAUAGCCUUAAAUCUAUUUUAAUUUCCAGCAAACCAAACGAGUUUGCAUAAUUUAAAAUGAACUCAAAGUUUAUUUCCUCCACUUCUCUCUCUGGUCUUCUGACAUGGACUGAGUUUCCUGGUUAUUUACUCCAGACCAGUCUCUCCAGUAUUAAAUCCAGUUUGUCUCCUGGUAACCGUCCAGAGCGCGUGCCAAUUGAUCCCCAGGAGGUUUUGCACACAGCCCGGUUCUGAUCCGUUAAAACAGGCGCCGCUGCUGAAACCAGGUCCUGAACACACGGACGAGCCACCGACGCCGCCAAAGUUUCCUGGUUAAACGGCGUGGUCUGGAAUGAACUUUCAUCGGGACUUUACUGAUUUUGCUACAAAUAAGAACUGCUCUGAAGUUCCUGCCAAGCCAGGAUGUCUUCCAUUCAUCUGAAAAUGUGUCCAACUUUUGUCUCUCCUUCGGUGGAGAAAACUCAUGUCGUCGUCUUCUGCUACUUGUCAUCAACCUGCUAAGGAGAUAUUUGAGCACUGUGCCUGUCUGCGCUGCUGAUCCAGUACUUUUUAUUUAUUUAUUUUAUUUUACCUGAAUAUUCCCGUCUUUAUAAAAAUAAUGCAGGAUCUUGGGAAAUAUUUCUCCAGAAGGAACAAUUUUUUGAAUAUUUUCUGAGUGUUUAUGAACUGAAGUUUGAGUUGAUUUGAAGAAUCUUGGGAAAAUGAAGGCAGCAAAUCUGAAUUUUGGCUUUUAAGAUGUAAUGAGCAAGAAAGAAAAGUCAGAGCUCAAAACACA